AUGGCCUGGAAUUCAAAGAAAAGAAAGGAUGACCGAUAUGAGUCCUAUAAGGAUUUUGAGGAUGAAGAUGAGUUGAAUGACGAGACAUUUGGCAGUGAUGUUUAUGUUGGUAAAAACUUUGAUUUUUCUGGCGGCAAACCAAAAGCAAAUGUGCCUAGCGCCCCAGCUCAACCUCCGAAUAUGUUGUAUGCCCAGGCAGCUCGAACUCCAGUAGAAGAUGUGUUGAAACCAAUGGCUUCGUUGUGGUCGGAACCAAGCUCUCAAUCCAAACCGCAACAACAAGCUCCGUCUCAACCUACAGAGAAAGUGUUGUCAUUAGAGGAAAUCGAGGCUCAGCUUUUGGGCGGGUCCGUUUCUACAGGUCCUGAAGCUCAACAAUCCCCAUUUUAUGGCUAUCCUCCGAACAUUCAUCCUGGGCAAAAUCAGCAGUUCAUGCAGCAAUUCCCCAAUGGCGUUCCUCUUGGAUUCAUGGUGCCUCCAUUUAAUCAGUCAUACUAUGGACCCCCUGAUGGCCAGUAUCAGCCCUCUACUGUUCAACAUCAGGGCAUUUCUCAGAUGCAGCCACCACCGCAGGGAGUUUCUCAAUCAGUUCAGCCCUUCCCAGUUUCCCAACUAUCUAACUCGGUACCUCCUCAUGUUAUGCAAAUGCCUCAAGUUUCAACCGAAGGCUAUUCUAACGCAGGACCUGAGGGGCUAGCCCAGACUGAUUCUCAUUCGCCUACAAACGAAGGCCAAUUGGAUAAAGAACGUAAAGCCGAGCCACAGGAUACUUUGCUGGAUGAAGAACAGCAACGUCCUGUCGGGUCUACUAAAGAAAGAAAAACUUUUGACUUAUCGAGCUUGCCGGCUCUCGGAUCCGAGGAAGCUCAUCAGAGAAGAAUUGCCCUUCAGAGGCAGCAUCACCACCCUACCGAGCCCGUUGAGAACUACUCGAAAUACGAAAACCGCCAGAAUCAUCAGUUGCGUUCUCACCAUCGCCAUGAAGAUCGAUUUUAUAACCUUGAUGAUCCUAACUUGUCGCCUAAGGAACGAGAGCGUUUAGCAAGAAGAAACCAUAAGCUGGAGAGAAUUCUACGUGGCUCCGGGUUCAUGACUCCUAAGGAUAAAGACUAUUGCACUCAAAGCCAAUUGAGUCAGAUUGUGACAGACGAUCCUUAUAACGAAGAUUUCUACUAUCAGGUUUACAAAGUUCUGAACAACCCCAAUGCGAACGGGGACACAAAUGUAAUUGCACAAAAAUAUCUCGAACAGAGUGGUCACAAAUUAGGUGGUAAGGACCAAAGGGUUGAUGUUGCACUUCAACGGAUGCAGCAUCAAGUUUCACUUGCAGUUACCGUUGUUCGGAAUAGAAAUGCUAAGAAGGCCGAAAAGAGUAAGAGUGAGCAACAUCCGGUGUUUGGUAAAACAACUUCUGCUACAUCAAAGAAACCUAGACAACAACUCGAUGUUGGCAAGUCUUUGAUUGACAGGGUGGCCGAAGGGAAAGAAGAUGAUACUUAUGAAGAGCGAGAAGGAUCUGCCAAAGACAUUACCAUCAAGAAAACAUUAUCUCCUAUUGAAUUGAAGUUCUCAAAAUCCAGUCAAACGUUUCAACUGUAUUUGAUUGAAAAAAUAUUUGAUGAAAUUUUGAAACUGGAAUCUCAGGAGCGUGAGGGUGUCGACAUCACUGAUAAUUCACUGUGGGAAGCUUUGAAUUUGGAGCCCAUGGGCACUCAGCAAAUUAACAAUGCUGAAGAAAUUCCGUCUUUUAUUUCAAUCCUUUACUACGAAAAGGGUAUGAAGUUGUUCCCACGUACGUUCCACUUUUUGUCCAACGAGCAUCGUCUUAUCCUUGUCAAUUUGAUCUUCAACCACUUACAAAAGCUUUAUGUUAUUUUGAAGGGAUCCUACAAGAUAUAUGAGAGUAACGAUUAUCAAGUUCCUAGUGAGAUCAACAACUCAAUUGAGCAAUUCCAGGGUACAGUUUUGAAGUCCUUAGUCCUCUUUUUAUCAGAGGCUAAAUUUCAAGACAUUCUUGAAUCGCUUAUCGUACUCUUGAAUAACAACAACUUAUUGUUUCUUUGCACUACCAAAGUUGGACUUUCGAUUAUUACCAUUUUGAUUUCACGACUGGAAUUGAUUAAACAGGAAUUAUCUCAGACGUUAAGUGGAGAAGAUUUGUCAACAUGGAGUUCAGUUUAUGAUAACUUGUUCCAAUCUUUGGAAGGACGGUUAUCGUCUAUCUUUCCUCCAAAAUCGAACCAACAGCUAGCAGACGACUCACACGUUUGGCAAUUUUUGGCGUCUUUAACUCUGGCUGGCCGAUUGAACCAUCAAAGGAUUAUUGUGGGAGAAGUCCGAACACAAAUCUUCGAUGUAGUUGACCAAGUGAAGAACCUAAGAGCCACCAACGAUCCAGUUAAGGUUGAGAAAUCAAAUAUUCUUUUGUCAAAUUUGAACCUUUUCCUCAACGUAAUGGGUUUGAACGCAACUGAGAAUGACAUCACUGAACUAAAAUCUUAA